GUGGAAGAGUUGCACUUCUGAAGUUUUCUAAAAAAAAUCUUGAUUUUAGUACCGCCGUUUUGAUUGUUUCGGCCUGAAGACUGCAUAAUGUAGGCGGGUGUACCUCGUAGAAACCCGGGGAUUGUCAAGCAACUCAACAUUGCAUUUGUAAUGGGUUAGGACUACUGUAACAGUGAAGAUGGUUCAUCUUUUGGACUAUUGGGUAAAUGAGCCUGGUUAAAGCACCGAUUGGUCCUCGAUUUAAAGAUUGUGUCAGAUAUGGCUGACCAGAGUGAGGAGACCAUGGAAGAGGAGGAGAUGGCCAGGCAAUCUCAAGAAUCAGAACAAAGAUCGAUGGCUGUUGUUGGAAACAUUCAACCAUCGCCAGAAUCAAGAGACUUAGUCAGAGCAGAAAACGUACAAAUGCUUCAAGCACACAAUCCAGCAAGUCAAUCUUUGUCUCUACACCGCAUUGAAGGCAGUGGUAAUUUGGCUGUUGCUAAUCCGAGUCACUGUACGUUCAACAUCGUACAGCUGAAGCCAGGAACAACAGCGGAGGAUAUUUUACCUGCAUUGCAGAAAUUAACAGCCUCCUCAAAACAGAAACGAACUUUGGAUUCAGCAGUGAAACCAACAGGAUCUGAACAAGAGUACACGCCAACAAACAUUCAAAAAGUAGAUGACUCCCCGCAAGCUGCUGCUAGCGGAGCGUCAAGACAGCCCAAAACCUCAGAUGAUGUAAGUUUACAAGGAGCCCAUCCAACAAAGGAUCCAGCCCAGGUCGCUGCAGAGAGCUGUAGAGUGGCAAUAAGAACUCAUUAUAGGAACACAGGUAGCUAUGUGGAACUAAUACCAAGGGAGGAAGAUGACACAAAACAUAUCAAAGAAAUUUUUACAGAAUUAACAUUGGAGAAAUCUGGAGAAAAAUUGGAGUCAUAUAAGGAUAUGUUUGACGAGUCAACACCAGAUGGUGAUUCCAUAAAACAGGUUAUUUUAAAGGGGGAACCUGGUAGAGGGAAGUCUACCCUCAUAGAUAAGAUGGCUUAUGAUUGGGCAUGUGAUGAAGCACUGCAGCAGUUUGAGCUUGUAUUUGUUUUAAAAAUGAAUGCAGUUGAACAAAGCACAGAGCUAAUUGUCUCAAUUUUUGAACAACUUUUAGCCGAAGACACAAAGAUAGAUCCAGUUGCUUUGGAUUAUUAUAUCAGGGACAAUGAAGAGAAAGUACUGAUCUUGUUAGAUGGCUUUGAUGAGUUAAUGACUCCUAUGCAUGACCUUAAGGAAACCUCAUUUGGUUCAAUUCUAAAGAUCCUUAACCGUAAGAAAGGCAGAGAGUGUUCUGUAGUCAUUACAACCCGCACCUCUCACUAUGACAAACUGGUGACAAAGUCAUUGAUUCGAAAACCUUUCACACAGGUCAUUGUUGAAGGUUUUGAUCAGAAAGAUAUCGAGAAGUAUGUGAGAAAGUUUUAUUCAGAAGCUUAUGACAAAGCCGAAAGCCUUAUUCUGAAGAUCACAUCCUCAAAUGUUUUAUCUGACUUGGCAAAGAGUCCAAUGCUCCUUCUGUUGCUGUGUAUUUUGUGGAGAGACAAUUCUACACUCCCAGAAACAAUGUCCCGUAUCUACAGUGAGGCAUUGGAGUACAUAUUUCACAGAAAAACGGAUAUGUCACCAGAUGAAACACCAAAAGUACUAAAUGAACUUGGAAAGAUUGCCUUGCGUGGUCUUCUUGCUCCAAAACAGCAGCUUGCUUUUCCUGAAGAUGACUUUGAACCAAGUGUGCUUGAAUCUGCCUUAAAAGCAGGUAUCCUUACAAGGCAAAAGGUCUUGAAGGGAAUAGAAAGUCACAACAGCAUUCAGUUUCUGCAUAAGACUUUUCAAGAGUUUUUUGCUGGUAAAUACUUACAAAGCUUAUUAGAAACGGACACUGUGGAAUUUAAGAAGAACCUGAAGCAAAUGAUCAACUCUGGAGGUAAUGAUUAUGGAUUGCGGUUUUGUGCUGGUGACAAUAUGGCAUGUACAAAUGGCAUUUUACAAACACUUUCUGAGUCUGACCAGUUCAAAAGAGAACAACAGGGCGGCGAUAAAUAUUCACGCCUCAUGCGGUUAGGCCUCGACUGCUACUUUGAGGGUCAGUCAAAAGAUUUACCCCUAGUGGAAUUCAUAGAGUCUGUUCUAACAGAUAAAGUAGUCAUUUAUGAUUGGAACAGGGACAGUCUUAACUCACUCACAAACUUUCUUCGAAAUGUUCAUACCCACACAGUGGAAAACAAACACACUGAUUAUCUUGACAAGGUACAGUCCAUUAGGAUUAGAUGUUGUGACUUUGGUGGGUGUAUGUCAGAUGUAGCACACGGUUUGAGUUUAAUGGUGAAUCUUUCAUCAUUGAUAUUAGAAAGAUGCACAUUGACUGACAGCAGUGAAGAGUAUGUUACAUCAGGAGCAAGCUUGUUUCAAUUUGGUUCUGCUGCAACCUGCUUCAAGAAAAUGAAGAACAUUCAGCAACUUUCCAUCAGUAAGUCCAAAUUGACAGGUAAAGCUAUGACACAUAUUAUUCCUGUACUGUGUGAUCUGCCCAAUUUGGUUAAAUUGAAUCUUGAGGGAAAUACAGACCUUGGUGGUUCUGUUGCAUUAUGGGUCGAUCACUUCAACAAGAUGAAGAACCUCCAGAAGCUUGACUUGGGUUUGUGCAAUUUGACAGGUGAAGAUAUGACACAUAUUGUUCUUGCACUGUGUGAUCUGCGCAACUUGGUUGAAUUACAUCUUAGCUCAAAUGAAGCCUUGGGUGGUUCUGCUGCAUUAUGGGUUGAUCACUUCAAGAAGAUGAAGAACCUUAAGAUAAUUGGCUUCAGUUUCUGCAAAUUGACAGGUAAAGAUAUGACACAUAUUGCUCCUGCAAUGUGUCAUCUGCCCAACUUGGUUGAAUUAAAUCUUGGGGGAAAUAAUACCUUGGGUGCUGCUGUAUUAUGGGCUCAUCACUUAAAGAAGAUGAAGGAUCUUCAGAAGCUUGUCUUGAAUUACUGCAAAUUGACAGAUAAAGAUUUGAAGUAUACUGCUCGUGCACUGUGUGAUCUGCCCAACUUAGUUGAAUUAAAUAUUGGGAGAAAUGAAGGCUUGAGUGGUUCUGCUGCAUUAUGGGCCAAUCUCUUCAAGAGGAUGAAGAACCUUAAGAAGCUUGACUUGAGUUACUGUAAAUUGACAGGUAAAGAUAUGACACAUAUUGCUCCUGCACUGUGUCAUCUCCCCAACUUGGUUGAAUUAAAUCUUUGGAAAAAUAAUGAAUUUGGUGGUUCUGCUGCAUCGUGGGCUCAUCACUUCAAGAAGAUGAAUAACCUUCAGAAGCUUGUCUUGACUUUCUGUAAACUGACAGGUGAAGAUAUGACACAUAUUGCUCAUGCACUUUGUGAUCUUCCCAACUUGGUUGAAUUAAAUCUUGGGGGAAAUCAUACCUUGAGUGAUGCUGCAUCAUGGGCUCAUCACUUUAAGAAGAUGAAGAAGCUUAAGAAGCUUUUGUUGGGUGACUGUUUAUUGUCAUAUAAAGAUAUGAUACACUUUGCUCCUGCACUUUGUGAUCUGCCUAACUUGGUUGAAUUGAAUCUUGCGAGAAAUUUGUUUGAUGGUUCUGCUGCAUUAUGGGCUCAUCACUUCAAGAAGAUGAAGAACCUGACGAAGCUUGACUUGCGUUACUGCCUUUUUACAGAUGAAGAUAAUACACAUAUUGAUCUUGCAUUGUGUGAUCUGCCCAACUUGGUCACUAAGCGAUGAUUCCAAUACUGAAAGAAGAUUAAUUUUAAGACAAAGGCCAAAUCUUUUUCAUUUUAUAACACACUGUUUUGCAUCCUUCCUUGUAUGUUCUACAUGGUAUGAUAUGAGGUAUAUCUCUACAUUGAGAUGAAUUAAAGGCAGUGGACACUAUUGGUAAUUACUCAAAAUUAUUAUUAGCAUCAAACCU